UCAAACCCUCCAAUCGGGGCAACCGUGCAAGCAAAGUGUGGAGAGUCGGACGCCAGCAGAUUUCCCGAAAAAAGAGGGACAACUCCCUUAACCCUAAUUUCAAUUCUUCAGAGAAUCCACCAAUAAUCAUCUCCGACUGCUUCUCCCAAUGGUUCAUACUUGGCCUCAUAAGGCAUGCCGAUGAAUGCCGUAAAUGGAUAAAUACCGGCAGGAGAUCGUCCAGUCUCCUGCUCCAUCAGACUAUCAGCUCCAACUGCGCUCAACAUGAAGUUUGCUUUGCUAUCCGGUGUCGCCGCGGCACUUUUACCCGUUGUCAGCGCGGUCAGCGUGUCAGGUGCUGCAGAGGGUUUCGCAAAAGGUGUGACUGGCGGUGGCUCUGCUGCUGCUGUGUAUCCCACCACUACCGACGAGCUGGUGUCCUACCUCGGUGAUUCGUCUCCUCGUGUUAUUGUCCUGGACCGCACAUUUGACUUCACUGGUACCGAAGGCACUACUACGGCCACUGGGUGUGCACCGUGGGGAACUGCUUCGGGCUGUCAGCUUGCCAUUAACCAGAAUGACUGGUGUACUAACUAUCAACCUGAUGCGCCCCAGGUGUCCGUCACAUACGACAAUGCCGGUACACUUGGAAUAACGGUCGCCUCGGACAAGACUAUCUUGGGUUCGGGCUCCAGUGGUGUCAUCAAAGGCAAAGGCCUCCGGAUUGUCAGCGGUGCAAGCAACAUCAUCAUCCAAAACAUUGCCAUCACCGAUCUAAACCCCAAAUACGUGUGGGGAGGUGAUGCAAUCACCCUCAACGACGCGGAUAUGGUCUGGAUUGAUCACGUUACGACGGCGCGUAUUGGCCGCCAGCACCUCGUCCUCGGAAACGACGCCAGUAACCGUGUGACCGUAUCCAACAGCUAUUUCAACGGUGUCUCGGAGUACAGCGCCACGUGUGACGGGUACGCAUACUGGGGUAUCUACUUCGCUGGCUCCAGCGACCUCAUUACCUUCAAGGGCAACUACAUCCAUCACUUUAGCGGUCGCAGCCCCAAGGUCCAGGAGAACACCCUUCUUCAUGCAGUCAACAACUACUGGUACGACUCGACCGGCCAUUCCUUCGAAAUCGGAGCGGGCGGUUACGUCCUUGCCGAGGGGAACGUCUUCCAGAACAUCAAUACCCCGGUUCAGUCGCCGAUUGAGGGACAACUUUUCACAUCGCCCGACACCAACACCAACGCUGUCUGCGCCACGUACCUCGGUCGCAACUGCGAGGUCAAUGGGUUUGGUAGCUCUGGUACUUUCAGUCAAGCUGAUACAGGCUUCCUGGUGAAUUUCGAGGGCAAGAACAUCGCAUCGGCUUCGCCGUAUGCCGAUGCGCAGAGCUCGGUGCCAAGCAGCGCUGGUCAGGGAAACCUUUAAAAGGUUAUGUCAAGUAUGACUAGACUUUUAGUCGGUAUGGUCUUCUUUCCGGUUACUUGUGUACAUAACUCGUUCUCUGUCUCGCCCGACGGUAUACCGAAAUGCAGAUGGUUUCUCUCCAAUGCCGCGGGACAACUUCGAUCGGAGGGGAUUAGACAUGUACCCCGAGUCGGUAAUUCAAACAAAACCCCGAGCCCAAACAUGACAGCGGGGAACUCUCCAUACU